UCCAUGCGGAUAUUCUGCGGGUCGGGAGAGCGGCUGAUGACGAUACUUCCGGGAAAGGAAGUGAAGAUGGCGGCCUGUGCUCUGCUGCUGGCGAGAGGGCGGCUGUGUGGCGGUAGCGGUCUACGUGGCUGCCUGUCUCAGUACAUGCAAAAUGUACUAUCCAAGCCACCUGCACAUUGCACAAGCUUCUAUGGACAAGAGUUCCCAAUUCGAUGUUUUGCAGUUGAAGCGAAAAAAGUAUUUGUAAGGGACAAGCCACAUGUCAACAUUGGAACAAUUGGGCAUGUGGAUCAUGGCAAGACCACGUUAACAGCAGCCAUCACCAAAAUUCUUGCAGAGACUGGAACUGCCCAAUACAAGAAAUAUGAAGACAUUGAUAAUGCACCAGAAGAGAAGGCCCGGGGGAUUACAAUUAAUGCCUCCCAUGUAGAAUAUUCAACAGCCAACCGCCAUUACGCCCACACAGAUUGUCCUGGGCAUGCUGAUUACAUCAAGAACAUGAUCAUUGGGACAGCACCAUUAGAUGGCUGUAUCCUGGUGGUGGCUGCAACAGAUGGACAAAUGCCACAGACUAGAGAGCACCUUCUGCUUGCUAAACAGAUUGGAGUGAAACAUGUGGUUGUGUACAUCAACAAAGCUGAUGCAGUUGAUGAUAAAGAAAUGCUGGAACUAGUGGAACUGGAGAUACGUGAGCUACUCUCAGAGUUGGGCUAUGAUGGGGAAUCAACUCCUGUUAUUGUAGGCUCUGCUCUGUGUGCUUUAGAGAACCAAAAUCCAGAACUGGGGUUGAACUCUGUCAUAAAACUUCUGGAUACAGUGGAUACAUACAUCCCUGUGCCAAAACGUGAUCUUGAUCAACCUUUUCUGCUACCUAUAGAGCGUACUUACUCCAUUCCAGGUCGGGGCACUGUCGUAGCAGGUACCCUUGAACGUGGUAUUCUUAAGAAAGGGGAAGAAUGUGAAUUUGUGGGUUACAAAACGCAUUUACGCUCUGUUGUAAUUGGUGUCGAGAUGUUCCACAAACAGUUGGAUCAGGCACAGGCUGGAGACAAUUUGGGUGCUUUGGUCCGGUCUGUGAAGCGAGAAGAUAUACGACGGGGACUAGUCAUGUGUAAGCCUGGCUCCGUCCAACCACAUCAGAAGAUUGAGGCUCAGGUUUAUAUCCUGACCAAGGAGGAAGGUGGCCGCCAAACAUCGUUUGUGUCUAGGUUCAUGCCAGUCAUGUUCUCGCUGACCUGGAAUAUGAGUUGCCGCAUAGAAUUACCUGAGGGAAAGGAAAUGGUGAUGCCUGGUGAGAAUGUCUCCCUUAAGCUUGUAUUGCAAUACCCCAUGGUCUUGGAAGAAGGACAGCGGUUCACUCUGCGGGAUGGAGCUCGAACCAUGGGCACUGGUGUGGUCACGAAAAUUCUGCCGCUGGCUCCAGGGGAGGAAUGCUGGGAUAAAUAAGUUAUGCCAGCUGGAAUUGAACAUGAAUACUUUCUUCUGUAUGAAGCAAAUUCUGGGCUACUUCCUAAGAAGCUUUCUCUGAUAAAAUUGGCUCCAGUUCUGCAUGGUUGGCGAAAGUCUUGGCUCAAAGAAGACGGUUUGACCGAGGGGUGGGGGAAAGAGUGAAAGUUGUCUAAAUAAAAUAAUUAAAAGU